AUGUCUGCUGUCAACACCUCUUAUUUACAUCCUAAAGAAUUUACUCUGACUGGAUUAUCAGGAAUUGAGAGCUACCAGAUUUGGAUUUCUAUUCCUUUUUGUGCCAUGUAUGUUUUAUCUCUUGUAGCUAAUGUCUUGAUCAUCUAUAUUGUAAAUGUUAAUCAUAGUCUGCAUAAUCCUAUGUAUGUUUUACUUGCAUCACUAUCAUUUGUGGAUCUUGCUAUGAGCAGUUUAACCACACAGAUUUUAAAGAUAUUUUGGCUCAAUGACAGAGCUAUUGCUUUUGAAGCCUGUUUGUUUCAGAUGUUCUGUGUUCACUUUUUUUCAUCAUUAGAAUCUUCAAUACUUGCUAUUAUGGCUUAUGACAGAUAUGUUGCUAUAUACAAUCCAUUACGUUAUAUGUCAAUAUUGUCAUACAGAUUUUUAGCUAAACUGAUUCUCUCUCUUUUUCUAAGAAAUCUUAUCUUAACAGGCUUGUUUCCAGUCUUAGCCUUCAGAUUGCCUUUCUGUUCUAAUGUCAUACCACAUUGUUACUGUGAUCAUAUGGGUAUUUUAAAAUUAGCAUGUACUGAUAUAUCUGUCAAUAAUUAUUUUGGCCUUUUUGCAAUAUCUUUUAUAUCUGGAUUUGAUAUUAUAUUUAUUAUAUUUAGCUAUUUAUUGAUUCUGAGAUCUGUUCUGAAGGUUGGCUCAAAGGAGGCAUUUCUUAAAGCAGUAAAUACUUGUGGUUCUCAUUUAUUUGUAAUUUUGUAUUUUUAUACAACCUUCCUAUUUAGUGUUUUAGUUUAUCGGACUGGCAUGAAGGUUCUCCCUGAAAUUCAUAUUGUGUUUGCUGUUUUAUAUCUUCUUGUGCCACCAGUCUUGAAUCCUCUUGUGUAUGCCGUCAGAACCAAGGAAAUCCGUAAUGCAUUUUUAAAAAUUGUUUUGAGUAAAAAAAAUAACUCCAUCAAACAGUCAGCAUGGUGUUAA